CUUUUUAUCCCAGUGGAUAAUUGUGAGGAUAAUUCCAAGACCGUGAUGAGAAAAUCGAGGCAGCAUAUAAGCCAGUAUUUUAUUUAUUAAUUUAUUUAUUUGAGGAUCUAUUUCUAAAAAUAUUCCUAUCUUCCUAUACUUUUUUUUCUUCUCUAAUUAAUAUAUGUUCGGCUCAUGCAGAAAAUAAAACCCCUCUAGCCUAUAGCCUGUCCCCCAGCACGCAUGCUCUACAGUGAGUGAACUCGUUUCAUCAUCGUGGACGUCUGUUUUUAGAUGUUUUUCCCCUCUCUCUCUCUGUGUGUCUCUUUAAUUUUUUUAUUUAUUUAUUUUUUUUUACAGGGGGAGCAUUAAGGCCAUUUAAAUAUACAACCAUCACAAAAUGGAGAGAGUGAAACGGGACUGAUGGGUGGGUGAAUUAGUUCAUGAUUAUAUGUAACAGGCUGCAUUUUUUUAUGUGUGUCAUGGCAGCUCCAGGUGAAGGCCAUCACCGUGUCCGCGCUUCACUUCUUCUGAUGCUCGACUGUCCGUGUGUAGCAUUAACCCCUUAGAUGGAAUGAUUUUCUGCACCUUGGCUCAUUCGCAAACAUGGCAGACGCGGAACUGCAGACUUUCACGUCUAUAAUGGACGCGCUCGUGCGCAUCAGCUCCAAUAUGAAGAGUAUGGAGCGGGAGCUCCGCUGUCCGGUGUGUGAGGAGAUGGUGAAGCAGCCAAUUGUGUUGCCGUGCAUGCACAGUGUGUGUGUGUUGUGUGCGGCGGAGGUGUUGGUGCAGAGAGGUUAUCCUCCUCCUGAACUCCCGCCGGAGCGCAACACACCCACGUCAAGCCCCAGCACCCGCUCACCACGACAUGCUCGCCGACCACCCCCAAAAACUGACCGUCUCGAGCGUGUGCUCAAAACAGUAUGUGGCACCUAUCCAGGUCGGAGACGGAAAGACACGAUUCCUCUGAACAUGUUGUUUCCAUGUCCCACUUGUUGUCGGGACGUGGAGCUGGGAGAAAGAGGCCUUGCCGACUGCCUACGCAAUCUCACACUGGAGCGUAUUAUUGAGAGGUACAGACAGACAGUGAGUCUAGGCAGCAUGGCAGUCAUGUGUCAGUUCUGCAAGCCCCCUCAAGCACUGGAGGCCACUAAAGGCUGCGCUGACUGCCGGGCCAAUUUCUGUAACGAGUGUUUUAAGUUGUACCACCCCUGGGGUACCCCACGUGCCCAACACGAGCACGUUCUGCCCACACACAGUUUCAGACCCAAGGUGCUGGUGUGUGUUGAGCACGAGCAGGAGCGGAUGCAGUUUUACUGCUGCUCGUGUCAGCGUCUGUUGUGUGCGCUCUGUAAGCUGCGUCGUGUUCACAAUGGGCACAAGGUCAUGCCCAUAGCACAUGCCUACCAGACUUUGAAGGAUAAAAUUACUAAACAGAUGAGCUAUGUUCUGGCCCAUCAAGAGAGGGUGCAAGCCCAAAUCACUCAAGUGGAGAGUGCCAUCGCUCAGACAGAGAUGAACAGUGCUGUUGCUAAAGAACAGCUGAAUCAGUGUAUGACCAACAUGCGUGAAGAGCUGGCUGAACGGCAGUGUGCUCUGAUCAAAACUCUGGAGGAGACUCGUGUUCAAAAAUCGGAAGCUCUAAACACGCAACUUUCAGAGAAACAGAGUCUGCUCGACAAUGCGGGGCUCGUCGUGUACACACAGGAGCUACUGAAAGAAAACGAUCAGCCGUGCUUCGUGCAGGCCGCCAGAGUCACCCACAACCGGUUGAUUACAGCCAUAGAGAACCUGCAACGCUUCUCCAUCUCUGCAGAUCCCUCAUUCCUCCGUUUCCAUGUGGACAUCUCCAGAGAGCUCAAGCUAAUCAGCAGCAUAAAUUUCAUACAAGCUCCACUUGCUCCUGUAAUCGACACCCAAAAGACUCUGGCCUAUGAUCAUCUGUACCUCUGCUGGCGCCUCCCACAGGACUCUGCUCCCGCCUGGCACUACUCCGUGGAGUAUCAGAGGAAAGAUGGAAGAGAUGGACCUAAGUGGGGCGGAGUCAAAUCCGAAGGCUCUGGAGGCCCCAACAGUCCGUGGCAGCGCAUAGACGAGGUGGGCGGGACUAGUGCAGUGAUUGACAGACUGGAGAUGGACAGCGUGUAUGUGCUGAGAGUGAGAGGAUGCAACAAGGCGGGUUUUGGGGAGUACAGUGAGGAAGUGUAUCUACACACACCGCCUGCACAAGUGCUGUCAUUUUGUCUGGACUCUCGCUGGGGGCUCCAUGCUGAGCGUGUGGCACUGGGUAAGGGGCAGACGUAUGCCCGUAGCGUGCCUGGUCUCAAUUUGCUGCAGGCUGCCGACCGUGCUCUCACUUCCUUUCAUCUGACCUCUGACCUGCUGGUGGCAGACGUGUCAAUCACACAGGGUCGUCACUAUUGGGCAUGUUCAGUGGAGCCUGGUUCUUACUUAGUCAAGGUUGGUGUUGGUCUAGAGACAAAGCUUCAAGAAUGGUUUCAUUUACCACAGGAUAUGGCAAGUCCCCGAUAUGAUCCUGACAGUGGGCAUGACAGUGGAGCAGAGGAUGCCCAGGACUGUCCACCUCCAUUCUGCUUCCUCACUAUGGGCAUGGGUAAGAUUCUCAUGCCCAAAUCCGGAGCAUCUAAUGGCAUGUCUGGCCCUCUCACUGCCCCUUUGCCCCCGCGCCUCGGCGUGUGUCUGGACUUUGAUAAAGGAUGCGUUACUUUCUACGAUGCCCACUCGCUGCGAGUGCUGUGGGACGGGACUGUCGAUUGCUCCGCCCCUGUUUGCCCGGCCUUUUGCUUCAUUGGUGGCGGGGCACUGCAGCUACAGGAGCUGAUAGCCAAUCGCAGCACGGAGCAAGCCCCGCCCAGGAGAGUCACCAUUCAAUCACAUGCAACAACUCUGAGUAACUGAAGCCAUAAACAGUUCUACAGCAAACUCUUAACUGUCAAGCACCUUUAAAUGUUAGUAAUUUUUAUUUAUUUAUUUGAGACUUCUUGUUUAUGUACGAUUUGUUGUUUUUGUUUCUGCCUCACAGGCAGGGCUUUAUUUUAAGAUUUGCUCCUGCAUUAUGCUUAGAACCCGCAGCAUGCAGAUAAUCAUGAUUUCAUGAUGCAACCCUUUAUGCUAAAACUAAAGUAUGCCCAGUUUGGUGCAUGAACAGCAUAACUCACCUGUAGGCAUAAGUCACGAAUGAUGCGUUUCUAUUGAAGGGAAUGAUGAUUUCUAAGCUAUUUUUACACAUUUAGCCUGUGAAGCACCUAAAAUGGAUAUGUUAAUAAUUUGUACAUGCUUUGACUAGUACCAGUGUGUUUGCUUUUUAUAGGACUGUAUAGUUGCCACAUUUGGGUCUGUCGCCAUUUGUUUAGAUCGAGUCUAAGUUUAGUUUUGGUCUGAUGAGCUUCUGUUUUGUGUGUAACACAGUAAGAUCACCGCAUAACUGUCGAGAGCUCUGCCCCAGCUUGUGCUGCAUUUCACUUCAUUGGUAGAGGGCCAAUCACAGCAGGCCCAAACCAGAAGGGUCACCAUCCAAUCCAAUGUCUAUAAUUGAAGCCAUUAAUGUUUGUAGUAUGUGUGCGUUUUAGAUGUAACAUUAAUGUCAGAAUCAUGUUGGUAUAUGGCAAUUUCUCAAAAUGAUGUCACUCAAAUUAUUGUAUUUUUAAGCAUUCUUGGCCUAAAUGUUUAAGUUUCACAACAAAGCUCGUUACUGUGAUCUAUCAGCAGACAUAACAAUAUGAAAACAAAUAAUUUUAAUGGAACAUAUCACAAUAUUACAGGUGUUAGUAUAUCACAAUGUCAUGUCUCAGUAAAUAUACAGUAUACAUAGUAGAAUACAAUAUCUAAUGGAUAAAUAUGUAUGUUUAUUACUGACACUGAUUUUAGCAAAGCAUGUUAAAAUAACUUCCAGAAAAUGCAAAGGUAUUUUUUAAAACAGAACAGAAAUCCAUGUCUAUGGUUAAAUAUCCAAAAUCGGUAUCAGAUCCCUAUUUCUGCUUAUGGAAAUACCCUAAAAUGAAUAACUAAAAUGUAGUGCUGGUGUUUACUCAGGCCUUUAAAGUCACAACCAAAUGUGAAACUACUGGAAAAUGUAUGGGGUUUUUUGUUGUUGUUUUGUUUUGUUUUGUUUUGUUAUUAUUAUACUACAGAAUUUUUUAUUCUGAUCUGAUCAGAUUUUUUUUUCAGCAGCUCUGUUGCAGCUGCAGUGUUUAUAUUGCAUUCUCAUAUGUUAUCGUUUCUAUAGUAACUGCUAAUUUGCAGGAAAGUGUAUGGCAGCCGAUUCAAAAGUAUGUAAUUAUUGUUAUACUGAAGUUUUCUGUGAGAUUUAGCAUUUUUGUAAGGACUCUCCAGUGUCAGCACUUUGUAACAGAGGUAAAGCUGUAGCUUUUUUUUUUUUUUUUUUCCUGAUAUAGGAAAAUCUUUAGGACAGAAGGCUCUGCGAUAUGACAAGCUGAAUUUUUUUUUCCCCGUCUUAUGAACUUCACCCGAGAGGAAAUAAAAUGGAAGAGGCUCUGGUGAGGGAAUGACUGUUUAUAGCUGCUAUAACAACUUUGCAGGCAUUAAACAACAUUAAAUGUAACUAUAAAUGAA